CAGGUCAGCCGUUCAGCAGAGGUUUGCAGGUUAUCUCGAUAACCGCAAAUCAUGCUUCGUGGUACAGGCCUCCGCAGUGGACUGUAGCUCUCGGCGCUCGCAAUAUAACACACAAUUCAACACAGCUGACCAAAUCCAACAAGGGCGCGCCAUGUGUCGCGCAUUUUUAAAUCUUUGAGUCAGAUUUCGGCGCAGUCACGUGGGCGGGUGUGAAGCGAAGCCGCGGGCGUCACUCGUCACGUGACUUUGAUAGAACGAAUCACGCUCCGAUACAAAGCUUCACUGAAAAUCGUUUCAUUUCUUUCCUGACACGCGUCUCGGAGCUUUGAUGUCCCGGGUAACAUCACUGACCGAGGACUCGAGAGGAAAGUGCGAGGUGAUGUGAACCAAACAUUUACAAACACGCCGGGGAGCUCUUCGUAUUUCACCCAGCGGAGCGCAUAGAUCCGGGCUCAAGCACACUUGGCCGCCGCUGCCCUGGAUGCUGCACGGAGCCGAGGCUGGAGGUUGUAGCUGCCGCAUCCCGUCGUUUGAAUAUCACUCACGGUGAAAUACUGGCCACCGCGACCGUGACAGUUUGAACCCGGCAGACAGGCGUACAGCUCGGGAGCCGCCGUUUCGAGUGCAGUGCCCCCUCCCCUCGCGUAGACAGUGCGGCGGAGAUGGAGCGGUGGAAAGGCAGAGUGGCCCUGGUGACCGGAGCCUCGGUGGGAAUUGGAGCGGCGACAGCCCGGGCACUGGUCCAGCAAGGCAUGCGGGUCGUCGGCUGCGCCAGGAAUGUCGACAAAAUAGAGAAGCUGGCAGCAGAAUGCCAGAGUGCGGGCUACAGUGGCACACUGAUCCCUUACAAGUGUGACCUGUCCAACGAGGAGGAGAUCCUGUCCAUGUUUUCAGCCAUCAAGAUGCAGCACAAAGGCGUGGACGUGUGCAUCAACAAUGCAGGACUGGCCCACAGUGAGCCGUUGCUCAGCGGAAAGACAGAGGGCUGGAGGAACAUGAUCGACGUGAAUGUCUUGGCCUUGUCCAUCUGCACCCGUGAGGCGUACAAAUCGAUGAAAGAGAGGAAUGUGGACGAUGGCCACAUCAUUAAUAUUAACAGUAUGAGCGGGCACCGAGUGGUACCAAGUGGCGAUGUGCAUUUCUACAGUGCCACUAAAUACGCCGUGACCGCUCUGACUGAGGGGAUACGACAAGAGCUCCGAGAAGCAAACACACACAUCAGAGCUACGUGUAUAUCUCCUGGAUUAGUGGAGACCGAGUUUGCCUUUCGGCUCCACAACAGUGAUCCUCAGAAAGCAGCCGCCGUAUAUGAGAGUAUGAAAUGUUUGAAAGCAGAAGACAUAGCGAGCGCAGUCACGUUUGUCCUCAGUGCCCCUGCUCAUGUCCAGAUUGGUGAUGUGCAGAUGAGGCCAGUAGAGCAGGUGUCGUAGCAGUCGAACGUGAAGCUGCCGGAGGAGCAUACGGACAGCAGCCAUGGUGACUCCAUAGCGACCUCUGCUGGGCGAGGGGGGGGGGGGGGGUUAAAACAAAUCAACUACAGCUGUUUUGGAUCUGCAGGGAUGUGGUCAACAAGGGGCUGGAGCCUUAAGGAGGCUGCGUGAGGAAAUGAAGGGCGUAGACUUUGUCAACCACAUGAAAAUACUACUGAAUGCAGCAACCUGGUGUUUGUGAAUUGUUGAGCCCGGUCCUGAACUGAGCUGACUCCAGACCACAGUAGGAACAAAAAAAUAAAGGCGAGUGUUGCUGCUGUGCUAUAUGGUCAUCCGCAUGACCGUCACUUCAGAGUGAGGAGUAUGCCAUCGAUUGCACAUGUUUUGUUUUUUUUGUUGUUUGUUUGUUUUGGGGGUUUUUUGUAGGUCAUAUGACAUCUUUUUGAAAUUAUGGAAAGAGUAAUUGCUGUUUAUAAUUUUUUUUAUAAAUAUUUUAACUUUUCACCAUAGAGAUGUGGUCUCAUACUCACUAUACACAAGCUAUACUAUCUCCUGUACUCUAACUAACCAUAAACAGUCUGUAAAUCCUGCGUCACUGUAUGUUUUCACAAACACAUUCACUUACCCCAUCAGUCCAGUUUUUCCGCCCCAAUUAAGGCAUGAGGAAAGUAUAAAAGACCGAUGUCGUCGUCGUCGUCGUCGUCGUCUGUUAAGCACAUGGGUUUCUAAUCUAACCUUUUUUGCCUGUGUAAUUUCAGUUCUUCUGGAUUUUUAUUCAUUUGUGGGAAGUUAUAAGGAGGAAACACUGGCAACUGAUGUGGGGGAGGGAGUUAAGUCAUUGCACAUGUAUACUCUGAAAAUGUGCACCUUUCCAUGGAAAUUUCUCAUUAAAUGAAUAACUAUUGCCCAUAA